GAGUCUGAGCAGCUGAUCUUUACAGAUCAGAGUGGAGUUCUCGGAUCUCCCCUGCACCUCGAUCAUUGCCAUGAGCUUCUCCGGCGCCAUCGCCUACCGUGCCACCGCGUCCAUCGUCGUCGCCCCUCUUCUCGUUUUGGUCGUCAUCUAUGCCUGCUUAUGGCCGCUUGGAGUACCCACAGCUUUCUUCCGCUUGCAACAUGGUGCAAAUACUACGGAGAUUACCCCAAAAGAUGAACUGGAAGCAGCACUAGAGGCGGUCGCCAUGGAGAACAGGACUUUGAUCAUCGCGAUACUGAACAAGGCGUACGUGGAACAGAACGCGAUGCUGGAUCUGUUCUUGCAAAGUCUUGGAGAAGGGGAGGACACCGAAUUGUUGGUCGACCAUCUUCUCUUCGUCGCCGUCGACCAGAGGGCCUUCAACAGAUGCCGCACCCUGGAGCUUCACUGUUACAAUCUCGUAACCGAGGGCGUCGACUUCUCCAAGGAGGUCUUCUACAUGUCUGAUGCAUUCAACAACAUGAUGUGGCGAAGAACUCUCUUCCUCGGAGAUGUCCUCCGGCGCGCUUGUUCUUUGAUUCCUCAGCCACAUGAUGUUGAUGUCUCUGUUGCUGAGAAAGAAGAGUACCGAUAA